GGAAGUACGGUUGUAUGUGCAUGGCAUUUUUUAGAUAUCAGUGGUACGAUUAUAGACCUCAAGGACGGGCAUUAGAGCACGAUCAUUACUGCAGUUUGCAUUCUUAGAAGUUGGUAGUGUUUCUUCCUUUUCCACUUACAAUAAUAUUUGGAUAUUUCAACGCUAAUGACCCGCCUAUAGUCCAACAUGGCUAAUGAGGACAUUUCUAAGAAAUUGCAAAAUCUCAAUCUAGGGCGAAUCCAAGAUAUUAAUAUUUUAUUGUUGGGCGAAACAGGUGUUGGAAAAUCAACAUUCAUCAAUUCUAUCGCUAAUUAUUUGCACUUUAAAAGCUUCAAGAAAGCAAAUAAAGCAGAAGAAUUACUCGUACUAAUCCCCUCGGUGAUCAUAGUUACCAAUGAAAAUUUCGAGCAAGUCACUCUUACCAUCGGCUCUGAUAAAAAUGAAUUUCAAGAAGUAGGCGCAGCUGGAACUCAAGAUGUCAAAACUUACGUUUUCCCAAUUGGUGAAGGAAAAACUCGCCUUCGGUUGAUUGAUUCUCCAGGAAUGGGAGAUCCUAGAGGUAUCGAACAGGAUGACAUCAAUUGUGAAAAUAUUUUGGCUUAUUUGUCCCAACUCAGCGAACUCCAUGCUAUUUGUUUUCUGAUGAAACCGACAACAACUCGAAAAACAAUUUUGUUUGAAUAUUGCGUCAAACAGAUUUUGUCACGAUUGGAAAAGUCGGCCAGCAAGAACAUCAUUUUUAUUUUUACCAACACAAGAGGUUCUAAUUACACUCCUGGCGAUACUUUGCCCUGCUUGAAGACUAUCGUCGAUGACAUUAAAACAAAGCCGCCACACGUUGAUAUUCCUUUGAAAGGUAAUAUUUUUUCGGUCGACAAUGAAGCUUUUAGAUUCUUGGUGGCCAUGAAAAACAACAUCAAAUUCAAUGACGAACUACAACAGCGAUUUGUUGAUAGUUGGAAUAAAUCUUCAGAAGAGUGUUGGAAGCUUAUUUUGUACAUUGUUGGAGAUGCAGCACACGAUCCACUAAAACCUCAUCAGCUGUAUAAUACCAUCAGCAUUAAUGAUGCAAGAAGAAUCAUUACUCAAUUGUCUCAGCCUUUGGCUGAUAUUUCUCAACUUAUCUACGACAACAUCCGUAUUUUAGAACGUCACAAACGUAACUUGGAAAUGGAGAAUCAGAGUUUGGAUGAUCUAAAGAAAAAAUUAUACAUUCCAAUUGUUGAUCUAGAAGUUACUCAACUAACGCAACCCGUAACGGUGUGUACAACUCCCAAAUGUGCAGAUGUUGUAAAGGUUGGUGAUAUUAAGAAAUGGCACUACCGCCAAAGAUGUCACGACCCUUGCUAUUUAACCAACGUAACAAAAGAGUUUGUUGGUGAUCUAAACUUAAUGCAUUGUGCGGCAAUGAGUGGAAGAACUUGUCUGAAAUGUACCUGCGAUUUUUCGGUACAUAUGCAUGUAUAUUAUUUAACUAAGACUAAAGAUGGCAAAAUUGUUGAUGACGUCGUGAAAAAUAAUAUUAACCAAAAAGAAGAGGCCCUUCGUGAACGUCAAAGAUUGAUAGGAGAAAUAGAUCGUCGAAAGAGAGAACUCGAGGAAGAACGAGAAGCUAUUAUUAAGAGUACGGCACAGUUUGCCCACUUUCUUCAACACAAUGCAAUUUCACCAUUUAACGAUUCUUACAAAGGUUACAUUGAAUAUCUAAUAUCACGUGAAAAGAGUCUUGGUCGUAGUGGUGAUCCUGAAGUGGUUCAUCAUUUGGAACAAUUGUUGCAACGUUAUGUGGAACUAAAAUCGGCUUUUGAUCAAAGUCUUCAACUGAGUCAACAACACGGACUUAACACAAUUGUUUCAUCUGCGGUGACAGCUCAAAGUGUUAUGAAUACAGUUAGCCAACUUUAUAAGUUAAAACAUAAUGGCAAAAAGAUCCAUGAGUUGCUAAAAAAACAAAAAGCAUCAAGGAAUUCCGAGUACGACAAAAGCUGUGAGUACGUGCAUCCAAAGUCUUCAGAUUUAAGCCAUUCGGAGAGCUCGAAAAGGAAAUCAAAGAAGAAAGAUGGUAGUCAAAGCACUGAUACUGAAGGAAAUAAAAAGGAAGAUAAAAAAAAGGGAAACAAAACUGACGAUGAAUCGAAAAAUAAAAAUAAACGAUAUAACAAAAACUACAAUUCUUAUCAAAGAUCGAACAAUCAAGAUCAACAAGCUCGUCAACCGCGUCAAAAUUUUUCAUAUAAUCAAAGGCGAGAGCCCCCGCCGCCGUACCCAGGCCACGAUGUAGGUACCUAUCAAGGGUCACACCGUCCAAAUACACAUAGAGGUGACGAAACCAAUCUUGUGCUAAAAGUUGAAGUAAGCCAUCCAAGUGGUAGUAAACACCAAAGGAACUCUAUAAAUUCUAAUAAUUCUCAAAAAUCAAAUCAAGACCAGGCUUACUAUGAUCCAUCACAUUACCAGGGACCACCCCAUGGACCCCCACCCUCCUCGUAUUAUGGUCACGGGCCAAACGAGUAUCACGGACCACCACCAUUACAUCACCAAGGAUACUAUGCUCCACCUCAUGGUGGUUAUGUCCCACCUCAAGGGGGUUAUGGUCCACCUCAUGGGGGUUAUGGUCCAUCUCAUGGUGCUUAUGGACCCCCACCUGGCCCAUAUCCGCCAAUGCAGCCUCCAUAUGGUGCACUUCAAGGCUCCUAUCAAGGACAUGGUUACGGAACACAUCACGGCCCAUCUUAUCAAAGAAAUUAUCAACCAGGUCGUGGUCGCCAACACUUUAAAAAAAACAAGCAAGGAGGACAUCGUAACAAGUCAAAAGGAAGAAACACUCAAGAGAAGAAGAGUGGAAAUGAGAAGAGUGGUCGUUCCGAUUCAGAUUCAAGUAGCGAGUAAGGUUUUGGUAUUUUUUCUUUAAACAAAGGUUUAUUGUUUUAUUGGAAUUGUGUUUGCUUGAAAAUAAAUUUUAACUAUUUGUUAGCCAUUUAAAUAGUAGUUUUGAAAGUCAAUUUUAAGUCAAAACAAAAUUUUCUUAUUUUUAUUAGUUGCUCUUUAGAGUAGAGUACUGAAUAUGCAGGCAAAUAGUUUUUAAAUAAAGUUUUCAUUGUAUGA